AGCUAGGUUUGACAAUCAACGAAUUUCCAUAAACAGAUCGAACCAACACAUUUAUCGAUAACCAUAAUCAAUUGGUUAAGAAGUCAAAUUCAGCUCAAUUGAUUUAGGAUAAACUGUUUUAAACAAUGAGUGGAAAAUUCGUUAGAGCUUCAAAAUACCGUCAUGUGUUCGGUCAAUCAACCAAAAGAGAAUUAUGUUAUGAAAACUUGAAGAUCACCAAGAACGCUUGGGAUUCUAAUAUCAUUCAAGUCAAUGGUAAAUACUUAGCUGUCAAUUGGGAUGCUUCUGGUGGAGGUGCCUUUGCAGUUAUUCCAGUAAGUGAAGUUGGGAAGGCUCCAGAUACUGUUCCUUUAUUCAGAGGUCACAAAGGUCCAGUGUUAGAUACUGCUUUCAAUCCAUUCAACAAACAACAAAUUGCCAGUUCUUCGGAUGAUGGUAAGAUUUUAAUAUGGGAUAUCCCUGAAGAUUAUUCUUUCCAUAAAUAUUUAGAUGAAAAUGAUAACAUUAAGGAUAUUACUGAACCAAGUAAAGUCUUAUCUGGUCAUACUAGAAAAGUGGGUCAUAUUGAAUUCCACCCUUGUGCCGAAGAUGUAUUAGCUUCUUCAUCUUUAGAUUAUUCAGUUAAAAUUUGGAAUGUUAAAACCGGUAAGACCGAGCUUACAUUACAACAUAAGGAUCUUGUCACCUCUUUUGCUUUUAACUAUAACGGUUCUUUAUUAGCUACUACAUCAAGAGAUAAGAAAUUAAGAAUCUGGGAUAUUAGAUCAGGAAAAAUCCUUUCUGAAGGUCCAGCUCAUUCUGGUGCUAAACCAGCUAGAGUUGUGUGGUUAGGUAAUACCGACAGAGUUGCAACCACUGGUUUUGAUAGACUUUCCGACCGUCAAGUUGGUAUUUGGGAUGUUAACAACAUAGAAAAAGGUCCAAUUGAUGGAUUCCUUAUCAUUGAUGCAUCUUCUGGUGUCUUAAUUCCAUACUUUGACGCUUCUACUUCUAUGCUUUACAUAGCUGGUAAGGGUGAUGGUAACAUUCGUUAUUAUGAGUAUGACAAUGAUAUCUUAUAUGAUAUCUCUCAAUAUAGUUCUACCGAUCCUCAAAGAGGUUUUGCCGUCGCUCCAAAGCUGACUGUCAAUGUUAAGGAAACUGAAGUUCUUAAAUCGUACAAGACCGUCUCUGAUAACUACAUUGAACCAAUCUCAUUCAUUGUUCCAAGAAGAUCAGAAUUAUUUCAAGAAGACAUCUAUCCAGAUUGUCCUUCUGACAAGCCUGCUUUAUCUGCUGAAGAAUGGUUUUCAGGCAAGGACGUCAAUGGUCCAUUAUUGAUAAGUAUGGAAGCUAUUUUCGAUGGUACUUCUCCAACUAUCAGAGAAUCGACUCCUGUCGUCCAUGUUUCAGUUGCUAAAGAAGAAGCUGCAGUGGCCAAAGCCGAAGAGGAACCAGUUAAACCUGUUGAAAAGAAACCAGAGGUUGAAUCAGAAAUUGUCACCAAAGAAUCUACCCCUGUUCCUGGCAAGAAUGUUGAUGCAUUAUUGACUUCUUCCGACCUGGUCAAUAAAUUGUUGAGUAAAGUUGUGGACCAAUCUGAUGACGAAGAUGAAGUUCCAUCUGUUGAAGACGACAAAGAUGAUUGGGAAGAAGUAAAGAAACCAGAAACGAGCUCUAUCUCUAGUUCAAAGACAAUCGAUAAACCUGUUGAAAUCAAAAAGGAAGUUGUCAGUGAAACUCCAAAAGAAGAUAUCACCAAGGUAGAACCUGAGAAAGUAGAAGAAACUGUGUCAGAAGUAAAGAAAGAGGCCGUUGCUCCUGUGGUCAAGGCCGAACCAGAACCAGUAAAAGAGACCCCUGUUGCCGAAAGCGUGAAAGAUGCAUCUCCAGCUCCUUCAACCACUUCCGUUAAAACUGCAGGUGCUCCUACUUUGAAAGCAACCGUUGAAAAGUUACACGGUAUUGUCGAAAAAUUAGAAACUCAUAUCUUGACUCUUACUCAAUCUGGUUUAGAAAAAGAUGAAAGAUUGAAAGCUUUAGAAUCUAAGAUCGAAGAAUUGCUCAAGAAGUAAAAGCAGUCUAUAUGAAAUCAUUGAUACGUUUAUU